AUGAUACACAAACAGCCUCUAGAUGGUGUUCCUCGCGAUGCCCCCAGCUACACAAAUCCGGACCCGAGCGCCGUAGCUAUCGUCGGCAUGUCCAUUAGUGCACCAGGCGGUGUUGACCAUGGUCUCGAUAUCGAGCAAUUUUAUGCCUUCCUCCAGAACCGAGGAUCCGCCAUCAUUACCGUUCCUAGUGACCGAUGGAACGCAGAUGCCUUUCAUGGCACUGGGCCAGGAAAGAUCUCUACCACCAAGGGAGGAUUCAUUCCUAAUAUCAGUUAUGCCGAUCUUCAAGAGUUUGGUAUUACUCCUGUGGAAAGUCAACAAAUAGCUACCUCCCAAAUGGCUUUGCUCCAUCAAUCAUUCACGGCGUUGCAGCGCAGUGGAAUCGAUUAUCGUGCUACAAACACUGGAGUUUACGUUGGCUGCACAUCUAGUGAAGGAACCGUGUUCGAAAUGGACGUGGCACAGGCGGGACCGUAUUACAUGACUGGAACGACCAACUCGAUCGCUGCAAACAGAUUGAAUUACGUCUUUGACCUGCUCGGUCCUUCCAUGCCCAUAGAUACUGCGUGCUCGUCCGCGUUGACAGCGAUGCAUGUCGCCGUCCAAGCCGUCCGCAACGGUGAAUGCGACCAGGCCGUAGUAGCCGGUGUCAAUGUCGUUCGGAGCGCACUCGAAUACGUGGCGUUCAGUCAGUUGGGUGUGCUCAGUCCUGAUGGCAUUUCCAAGUCCUUUGAUGAAGAUGGUAAUGGGUAUGCUCGUGCUGAUGUCGCUAGCGCAGUUGUUAUUAAGCGCCACGAUCUUGCCGUCAAAGAUCGUAACCGCAUUCACGCGACACUUGUCGGCACGGCCCUGACAUCAUGCGGCUCCAUCAUGGGUUCCCUCACAACCCCGAGUCCCGAGGCGCAGGCUUUGGCGAUUCGGCGUGCGUAUCGAGAUGCUGGCCUUGAACCUUAUCAAGCAGAUUUCGUCGAGCUCCAUGGCACAGGCACGCUUGUCGGUGAUUCGACAGAAGCGAAUAAUGCCGGCGCCGUCUUUGCCGCAGGGAGGGAUGCCAGAGAGAUCCUCAUCGGGUCGGUGAAGAGUAAUGUUGGCCAUGGUGAGCUGGGCGCGUAUAUGACGUCAUUGGUGAAGGUCGCCAUGAUGUUGGAAAAGAAGCAAGUCCUCCCUAAUGGCUACUUCAAGACGCCAUCGUCCCGAAUUGAUUUCGAGAAGUUCAAGCUGCGUGUUCCCGUGUCUGUUGAGGAUUUUGUACCUGGAAAUACCCAACUUGGUCGGAUUGCGUCUAUAUCUAGUUAUGGAUUUGGAGGUGCUGGUGGUCAUACUGUUCUACGUGAACACGAACCAAGGCCUACUUUACCUGAUCACAUUACCUUGCAAGAACCACUGUAUCUCUUUGCGGUUGGCGCCUUGUCGCUGAAGGGAUGCGUUACCCUUGGCGAAAAAUACAAGGAAGAGUGCGCUGAAAUCGACCCUCUCGCCUUGUGCGAGCACUUGGGGAACCGUGCACGUCAGCUCCCGUGGAGAUCGUUCGCGAUCGCCGAAUCCAUCGAAGCAGCAACAUUUCCCGAACCGGUCCUCGUACCUAAACGUCCCCAUCCUGUCGUGUUUUGUUUUUCAGGCCAGGGUCCUCAACACUGGAAGCAAGGCCGGGAGCUCUAUAGUACUUUCAAGGUGUUCCGGGACAGUAUUGAUGAGUGCGAUAAAGUGCAUGCUGGGUACACAGGAGAGUCUUUCAUCGAGACGACAGGCUUGUUCAAGACAGAUGCUCCCAAGGACUCUGGACUGGCCAGGAGCUUGAUAUGGCCUUCUGAUAUCACUUCCAUUUCUCUCACCUUCUUCCAGAUUGCGCUCUUUGAUCUCUUGAUCUCUCUGAAUCUCAAGCCAGAUGUGAUUGUGGGGCACUCAGUCGGAGAGACAGCAGUCUUAUAUGCAUCAGGCGCAGUCCCACGCAGCAUGGCCGUGAAAAUAGCGAUCGCUCGUGGAAAGGCUCUUGCCACGGUUGACAACACUGGCGGCGGUAUGGUGGCCGUUUCAGGAUGUGACGCAGAGAAAGUGCGCGAUCACGCGGAAACGGCAAUCACACUAGCUGGACUGGAUGUCGAUUCUGCGGGUAGGCCCCCACUAUUCCUCGCGUCAUUCAACAGCCCUACAGAUAUAGGUGUGUCUGGUCCCGAGAAACAUUUAGAAGCAUUCGCAAGUUUCAUCGAGAGGUGGGUGAGCGAUGUCGUUGCACGCAAACUUCGCAUCAAUACCGCUGUCCACUCUGCUUUUGUCGAUCCCUGCGAGUCGCAAUACCGCCGAGACCUAGCUGCUAUCUUCGCAGAGUAUCCAGGUCCUCACAUCCCCAAGAUUCGGACGAUGUCCACGGUCACAGCUGAGUUCAAAACAGAUUCGUAUACACCCGAUUAUUUGUGGAGCAACCUCCGCCAGCCUGUGCUCUUCUCUUCGGCAAUCCCCAAAAUAAUUGAGAGUCUUGGGGAAUCAACCACAUUCGUUGAAGUAUCUCCCCAUCCAGUCCUCUCCCAGUACCUUAAGCAAAUGGGCGCCUUUGAUGCCCUCGCCUGCAGCAAACGUCCGCCAUCUGCUCGUCAUAUAAAACCUGGAUUGAGCGCUUUGGUAGAAGUUCGCACAUUAUUGGAAGUUUUGGGACGUUUGCUGUUAUUCGGCGUCAAUAAGAUCAACUUCUCGGAGCUCACUGGGUGUCCCGAAACAAAUAUUGAGGGCCCCUCAUAUCCGUUCCAGCCCAAGUUAUGGCGCAUGGGCAUGGAUGAACCAUCGUACAUUCGUAAGCUAUUACCCGCGGAACGGCCUUUGAAUUCGAUCCGACUACGCGUCAGCCCCAUUAUACCUGAGCCAUGGAUGGGCGACCAUGUCAUUGAUCAUACCAAUCUCAUUCCCGCGGCCGCCUACCUCGAGAUGGGCAUGGAGUUCCCCGGUGUUACUCAACUGUACGAUUGCCGUUUUGAGGCCAUGUAUGUCCUGGACGAGUCAGGACCACCUGGAACAUUGGAAGUUUCCCGGCAGGGGAACUCCUGGUGGGUGAAAUCAUCAUCUCAAAUUGGCAACCCACAAGGAGACAAUGAGUGGACGAGAACUGGUCCUUCUUUCGACACUGUCCACUCUUAUGGCAAGUUGGGUUACGGUCGUCCCGAAUUGGAAUCAAAUGCGAUCACACACGUCAAUCUUGAGGAGGUGCUGUCUCGUUGCCCUUACACAUUCGAUAGCGACGAUAUCCGCAAUCAAAUGAUUGGUCUAUCACAAUUUGGUCCUGAGUUCACGCGAAUCCUGAAAGCGUCGUGCAAUGAAAGGGAGGUUUUGACAUAUAUUAAGGGCCAUGUGGAUGGUCUGAAUCGCACAGACUAUGCCAUCCAUCCCGCUCUUUUAGAUGCCACCUUCCAGUCGAUUUUCGCAUGGAAUCUGAUUGGUGAUAAGCUACGUCUUGGCAGCAAGAAUGGCACACUACAGCUGCCACACUCUGUUCGCCGCAUAUUCCGCAAUGAUGGCAGUACCGCUCCGCUGGUCCUGCCGGAAGAGUUUGUAGCUUAUUCUAUUCUGCAAGAGUGGUCGCCCCGCCACUGGGUAGUGAACAUUUAUAUCUUAGGUGAAGAUCAGUCGGUAGUGUUUACCGUGGAAGGGCUUCGUUUUGCGUUGGUCCAGCGUGACGACCAGUGGCCAAGCGAGCACUUCAAGAUGUAUUGGCAACCUCGGGACUUGCCGCGGUCGCACCUGGAAGGCUCAGUUGUUCUUCCUGGUCUGCCACCGCAUUCCGAUGCUUCAGAGUUAUUGCACGUUCUGGAUCAACUUGCCAUGCAGUUUACCAAGAAGACAAUAGGCGCUCUACCUCACGACUUCGCACCAACUUCGCCUGACCGCAAGCGCUACUUGGCUUGGGCAAAUGCGCUGGCUACUAGGUUUGACGGGAACAACACUGAUGUGCCGGUAGUCCCUGUUCAUCUUCAAGAAAAGUAUAAAUCAUUGUUCGAGCUCACUCGGAGGGUUGGUACCGGGCAAAAAGACAUCAUAGCUUCGUCAACUGCCGCCGUUGAGCUGCUUUUCAGUGACGACGUCAUGAGCAAGAUCUACGAACAUCCACCUUUCAUUGGCUCCAUAUUCGAUGAGACCACGUCGCGCUUCGUUGACCUCGUCACCGACGCACUGAAUGCUGGAAAGCAGGUUGUCCGAGUCCUUGAGGUUGGGGCAGGAACCGGGAGGUUAACUGCACUGCUCGGGCGGGCUCUCUUGGAAGCUGCCCUGCCUGAAGGCUGCUACGUUGACUAUGUCUGCACUGAUGUCAGUAUUUCGCUCGCACACGAGGCCACAGCGAAGUCCCCUUGGCCGACGGUAGCCGCCAAAGCCUUUGAUCUGAACGUCGGUGUCAGCGAACAAGGUUUAGACCCCUGCAGUUUCGAUAUUGUGGUCGCCUUUGAUGUUCUGCAUGCUACUCCUGACGUUCACGGGACUUUGACGAAGCUUCAACACCUUCUCUGUCCUGGCGGUCACAUUGCUAUCUUAGAGUUGGAUGGUGGUUGUUUCGCUUCCAAUGAAACAGGCACAGUUUGGAUGGAUUUCAUCUUUGGGUCGUUCCAGGAGUGGUUUGGUGUUGUGGACCACCGCGUUGGAUCUGCUCACUGCACAUUGACUCCGUCCCAGUGGAAAGAUGCCCUAGAGAAGGCUGGAUUUUCAGAUACUGUUCUUUUCACUUCGGACGGUGGUGCGGUGUCCCAUAUGGCCUUCAUCAGCCAACACACGCGCUCGCUUUCAUCCAGCAUCUCAUCGUCGGCGACGCCCAGUCUUUAUUCCAGCAAGCGUAGCUCUCCCCUUUCUACCCCUCCAUCGUUACUCGCUCAAUCGCGGGAAAACGACCAAGCAGCCGUAGCCCUACCUCCCUACUCAAGCGAGGAUUUAGCUAUUUCUAUUGAACAAUUACAAAAUGAUGAAAAAGCAAGCAAUAAUGGGAAGCUCUUCAAUUGGAGUGCGACUGAGGAAUCAGAAUCCAUCUUGGUGCAUACUGGCAGCACUCGCGUAGUACUCCGACACUUCGCCGCUGGAGGGGAAGUCGCACUUGUCGAAUUCAUUUCAUCGCUAAAUUCGACAGAUCCACACCUCUUCUGGCUUUACACCACUACGUCCCCGAGCGAUGCAGCCGCAGUUGGACUAGUGAGAACUCUCCGUCAGGAAUACCCAGCCUGGAAGAUUCAUCUUGUCCUUUUCCCGGAAUCAUGGACUGUGGCAAUGCAAGAGACUUAUGUACAUGCACAGCUCCUACCAUUACCGUGGGUGGAUUCCGAAGUGAUGGUCGAUCAGGACGGGAAGAUGCAUGUGCCACGCCUAGUAAAGGCUUCCCCUGCCUCUCGUCAGGAACUCCGAAGAUCUAAUCCGGUCCAAUUCCGAGGUUCCGAUAUUUGGCGAGCGUAUCCAGCGGAGCUUGGACCGAAUGAUGCUGAAGUAUCUGUUCACUACAUUGGAUUGUCUCCGGCUAUGUCUGGAUGGACCGAGUUUGCUGGAGUGGUAACAGCCGUUGGCUCUAGUGUGCUUGAAGCCGACAUCAUUGGGCGCAGGGUAUACGGUGUUACUUCAUCUGACCCUGGGAGUACUAUUGUCUGCGACCGCUCCAAGCUUGCAUUCGUUCCUCAAGACAUGGAAACAGCACUGGCCGCUGCUUUGGUUGGAAAGCUUAUGUUUUUAUCGCUGGUCGUGGUUGAUACUGUCGGCAUAUCUUCGAAGAACGCCAAAAUCCUCCUUCACGCUGGCCACUGUUCACCGGCCGCGCUUGCGACGUACGCCUACUUGAAUACCAACUCCUUCGACGUUGUUGUCACUAUCAGUGAUGCGUCAUCGUCUACCCACGCCUUCACGCAGUCCCCCUUUUCAUCCUCCAAGUAUUAUACUUGGUCAUCUCACGUCCGCACCUGGGCUCCACAAGGCAUAGACAUCGUAUUCAAUUUUGACGAGGAUAUCGAUGUGGCGAAGCAGACGCUUUCCAUGCUUUCUCCUCGGGGCAGAUUUGUUCAAAUCGGAGGAGAGCUACCCAGCUCUCUCCCCCCGGGCCGUUGUUACGUCUCGAUCGAAGGGCAUGUCGUUCUAGAAGCUAGUAAUGACCUCGAUCGCAAAGACGGAGUCUUUGCGGCCGCUCUUCUUGCUGCCCUGACCCCAACCAUGGAUAUUUACAGCCUGCCACAACUCAUGGCUGCCGGUGCCGAAGCGCGCAAUCCAACAUCAGACCGUGUCGCUGUGGUCGACCUGCAGGCGAUUUCCCCGGACCUUCCCGUGUUGAAAGGCGGAAUGUUGAAAGGGACAGCUGUUUUUAAUCCUCGAGCAUCCUAUGUGAUUUUGGGUGGUAUUGGUGGACUGGGUGUCAACAUUGCUCGGUGUUUGGUGGAAAAUGGUGCCAGACACUUGAUUUUGACUUCGAGAUCUGGAGAGAAGGGAAUAGAAAAUACGCAACUAGUACGCGAGAGAAAGAUGGUCAAUUAUCUUCGACGAAUGCCUGGAGUAACAGUUGAUCUCCGUGCAGUAGACGUUCUUGACGCUGAGAAGACCAAGAACCUGUUUAUGAACCUGGAGCAUCCGGUCGCCGGGGUUUUCUAUUUGGCUGUCAGGCUCAACGAUCAGAUCUUCUCAAAUUUGAAGACGGAGAAAGAUUGGAAAACUGGCAAGUUGGCUACCAUCAAGGGAGUCGAAAUUCUCCUGCAAGCGGUCAAUCCGCAGUCACUGGACUUCCUUGUUCUCACGAGUUCCAUGGCUACUGUGUGCGGCUCGCCAGGCCAGGCAAACUAUUCGGCUGCCCAGACCUACAUGGAGACCAUGGCAGCAGCACUUCCCAAUACCGUUGCCAUCACAGUGCCCCCUAUCACCGAUGGAGGUGUAUUCGUCCGAAGUCUGCCUCCGGGUGACACACGUAAUGCAGCCCUGGACAAAUACAAAUCCCUUGGAAUGACUGGUUACCUUGUUGCUCAACACUGCGUGAAUGCUAUCUGGACGCUUAACUCCGAUGCCUAUAGUGCUGUCUAUAUUCCUCCUACUGACUGGAGUGAAAUCAUGCAGCUUGGCAUACCUGAAUACCACUUGUCGUCUCUUCGGCACUUGUUGAUUAAGCAAAAUGUUCAAACUGCCACAGCGGCCGAGGAGUGGUCCAUCCGAGCGGCGUGCGCAUCGGUGCUGGCCCUUAAUGUCAACGAGGUUGCGGACAACGUCCCACUUUCAAGUUAUGGUCUUGACUCGCUGACCUCAGUUCGAUUGAGUGGGAUUCUCAAGACCGACUUCAAUGUUUCCGUGACUCAGCUCCAGCUUCUCGGAAACAGUAUGACUGUCCAACGACUGAUGGCUUUACAAGAGGAGCUGAAAGUCGACUCGUCUUCAGCAGUUGUAGGAACCGCCAACAAGGACUCGCUCGACGUGCAGGGAGCCGAAGGUGUCCACCAUGCUGACAUGGACAAAACGAUUGUUCGACUGAACAACAUCACCGACGGGCAGCCUUUGUUCAUCGUACACGGUGCUGGCGGCGGCGUCCUCGUCAUGUUGAAGACCACAGAAAUGAUGUCUCAUCCUGUUUACGGUAUCCAAGACACUCCGGAUGCCCCCAUUACGGGAUCCCUCGACAGACUUUGCAAGUUCUACUUAGAGAAGAUUCGAGAGAAGCAACCCAAAGGCCCCUAUCGCCUCGGGGGUUUCUCAUUUGGCACUUACGUGGCUCUUGUCAUCGCACAGCUGCUGCAGGAAGAAGGGGAGACCGUCGAGCUACUCAUUAUGAUCGAUGGGGCGCCAGCGAUUUUCCAAAACUUUGGCAACAAGAUCAACAUGAGCAAUAUGCGAGAUGAAAUCAUGGUCCUUAUCCGUGAUCUUGCCACUAGCGGGGCGCUGGAAAAUGGCGAGGAACUUACCGACAUGUUCGAGGAUCACUUCAAGCAAGUCUCGCAAGGCAGUUCUAGUAGGAAAUUUGUGUCUCAAUUCGGUCGUGCAUACGUCGCACACAUGCUCAUGGCAGCCCGUGCUUGUAUAACAACGAUACGCCAGGAGCAAGCCGGGGAGAUUGUGAACCCCGUAUGGCCUGCUGCGAGAACGGUCGUUAUCGCUGCGGAGGAUGGCAUUCGUCGUCAAUCCGUGUCGGAAGGUCUUUCUCCUGCUUUCGACGUAGACUUGCGCGCCCCAGAUGCAGAGUUAUACACACUGCCGGGAACGCACUUCGGUAUUCUCCACCCCCAGUCUGGGCUUCCUCAGCUACUCGAACAAAUAUUGGUGUCCUCGUGUUGA